CGUUUGAUUUUCUUGCGAGCACACGAUUUGUGAUGGGGAGUUCGUCGUGAGGCGUUACUCUCUCGUCGUUACUCCACGUAUACUGCACGAGGCACGACCAACCAUUGGGUUGAAAUCCGGCCCGAUCCAAAAAAUAGUCACACGAGUGGAAAAUCGGUUCAAAACCAGCCGAUAAUCGCACAGUGUCUGCCCGGCUUUAGAGUCAUCCUCUUUAAUGCACUCCUCAUUUACUCAUUGUGAACAUAGAACUUUUAAGUACACUGAAUUUUGUGUGUCAACAAUAGGUGUUCAAGGAAUUGCAGAGUUCCAACUUUACACUUCUAAACAAGACUAUUAACUUUAAUGAGAAUGGUGACCCCAUGUUUGGAUCCUACUCUGUGGUUUUUUGGAAUCACAGUGGUAUAGAGGUGGCCGGCUCUUGUCAUUUCCAACCAUUCCGCCUCUCCAUCAAUGACACCAAAAUUAAAUGGCGCCCAAAUGGAACGAUGCCUACAUCAUUUUGUACACCAGAAUGUGAAGAGGGACACAAAAAGAAACAAGAAGGAGCCCACAAAUGCUGCUUCAACUGUACAAUCUGUCAAGGAGGAACUUACAUCAACAUCACAGAGAAUCCCUACGAAUGCAAGAAGUGCAACGAGACGGAGUGGUCCCCAGAAGGAAGUACUUCCUGCAAACUGCGGCCGGUGGUGUACCUGCCCUUCACACAGAGCUUACCUAUAGCAAUCAUGUUUGGCACCUUGGUCUUGGUGGGGAUGGCUAUAGCCGUGUCUGUUCUCUUUGCCGUCAACUACAACACACCUGUUGUCAGAUCUGCUGGAGGACCAAUGUGCUUCCUGAUUUUAGGUUGUCUCAUUCUGUCAAGUCUAAGUGUGUUCUUUUACUUUGGGAAACCCACAGGUGCUUCUUGCGUCUUUAGGUUCGUGCCAUUUCUUUUGUUUUUCAACAUUUGUCAAGCUUGUUUUGUUGUACGAUCUUUUCAAAUUGUAACUAUUUUUAAAGUAGCUGCCAAGUUCCCCGACCUCAUCCGUGGAUGGAGGAGAUAUCAUGGCCAAUGGCUUUUUAUCAGUGUGGCCUUCGUAACUCAAGCAAUAAUUCUUAUUAUUGGCAAUGAGUAUGAAUCUUCCACACUCGAGAACAAAAUGUCAGAUAACAAAAUCAUUCUUGGCUGUAAAAUUCAUCAUGAAACAACCAUAUGUUUUGCUAUUUUACCUCUGUCUUUCAUCAUUCUUGGUUUUAUUUUCUCUUACAUGGGAAAGAGCCUUCCAAAGAAUUACAGUGAGGCUAAAGCAAUCACUUUCUGCUUUUUCCUGCUGCUCUUCAUCUGGAUCAUCUUUGUCACUACAUACAUAGUUUACAAGGGAAAAUACAUUGAUGCUAUUAACGCUCUGGCAAUACUCUCCAGUCUCUACUCGUUUCUGUUGUCGUAUUUCUUGCCAAAAUGUUACAUAAUUGUUUUUCAACCCUACAAAAACACACAUCAAUACUUCCAAAAUGUCAUUCAAGACUAUACCAAGCAACAUAGCUAGUUAAUACUUCUAAACAUCUUAAACAAGAGAGAGAGAGAAAACAACAGUUUUCAGCAUGUAUGUUAUGUUACACGAAUGUGAUUAUAUUAGUAUUUAUUCACUGGGCAACGGUCAUCACAGGGGAAAUAUUAAAUAUCUAAAUAUAAUGAAUUUUGCCAUACAAUCUUUUAAUUUACUUUGUUGGAACUAAAUGGGUAUAAAGUCAUUUUAACACCAAAACUGGCCAUAACGCAAAGCUUAAUUUAAUUUAAGCAUAUGUAUAUAUUCAGUGUAUAUUUGCUUGAAAUGUCAUUAGGCCCAUAUAAUAAGUAAUAUAUGAGACAGUCUUAACUAAAACAAACCAGUUUCUGCUUUAACAACUAUACCUAGCAUGCUAGAUACAGUAUAUGUGGUUUGACACUGAAGUCUGUGAGCCUUAAAAAUUACUUCUUUGAAACUAUCACAUACUGUAUCACACCUGGUAGCCACAGACUGAAUGCUAAUUUGCCUCUUUUUUGGAAAAAGGGCUUUGGAGAUGGAGCUGAAGCACAGCAGAGAGGGAGGAGUAAUUUAUUUAUUCAUUAAAAUAGUCUCGCUUUUUCCUCAAAGUUAAGCAUUUACUGUAAAAAUG